AUGAGCCCUUUAGCCGCAUUUUCUGAGAUAAGAAAGCAUCUGGAUCAUAUUGAGAAAGGUGAAAAUGUGAAGUAAGUGCUAAAGAACAGGCUCGGUUAUUGUUUCUUAGGGAAAAUGCUGAGUUAGUUAACGAAGUCAUAUCCGAAGUGAAUUUGUUUACCUCAGGAAAGGUCAGAGAGCUAGUGAAAUUCAGAUUUGUCGCUUUGUUUGAGAGAUUUGUGGUAAAAGAGCCGUCGUCAUACACUUCAGCGUUGUUGUGCCACUCAUUAUUUCAAGUUGUCGCAUUUGAAUACUUUUAUGAGGUUGACGACAGUUUAUCCCAGUGGAGACAGCUGGAGAGUAUCCCUGUAAGUGUUUACAUACCAUUAGUUUUUCAUUUUAGGAUGCGAAAAAUUGUCUGAUCUUCCAACUGGCUUGUUGUCUGCUACAUCGAAAUGAGGAACACGUCUUAAAAAGUCACGUUAAACAAACUCUGGAAUUACUAAAAUAUUUUGAAUCAAUGGAAAACGCGUAUGUUCAUGUUGUGAAGUCUUUUGUUUCUGCCCACAAAGACAUUUUCCUCGAAACCUUCGGCGUUUCGCUUAUCUCUUACGUGCUUUCCCUGGAACCUGAACCUGAAAUCAAUGCGGAUGUAAAUAAAUCCUUGGAAAAUGAGAGUGCGGAGUCAUUGAAUUGGAGACAUCUAACGAAUUUGUAUGCAAGAGGACGGGUGAAGGCAGUUAUUGCAGCUUCAGGGAACGUUUCUAAUAUUAAGGCAAGUAACAGUUGAUUUUAUUUACCUUUAGUUUAGUUGAACGAUAUGAUUUCAAGCUUGAAUCCGGAGGACUUCUCAUCCGACAAAUAUUCUUAUAUUUUGGGCGUUAUAAGAGCAUGGGUUUUAUAUCGACCUGGCUUUAAAUUUCCGAUUACGGGCAAGUUAUGUCAUCUAAUGGAAAUGGAAGAUUUGCGGACCGAAUCAAUGAAACUUUUGUAUGUUAUCACAGAGGUAAGUCUUAGUAAGCUGUAAAUUGAGUUCCUAGGACAAAUCAUCGAAUAUAAUGGCCGAUUCUUCGUUUCUCAAUUUUUGUGUCCAGAUUAUUCAUUGUCCUAGUCUCUUGAAGCAGCCGGUAACAGAAGAGAAGGUUACCUUUGCUAUGGCCAAAUGCAAUCUGUUGACUUCUAUAAUUCGUCGUUAUGACAAUUAUUUACAUCAAUAUGGGAUUUUAAGCGGAUAUGUGUCGGACCUUAUUUCUUUUUUGUUCUUGGCUAAGAAGUCUGAUUAUGAUGGAGAAAGAAUCGUUCUUUUGGAACACUCACUAAAAUUUUUAAUGGAGGCGCUUGGAGGAUCGAAGAAGAUUAAUAUGGUAGAGACAUUAAUUUGGGUUUACAAACUUAAUAUUUUUAUUAGGACUUGCCAUUUAUAAUGUCCAACAACCUAAGAGCAAACAGGAAGCCAGUGUUGCCGUUACUUACUGGACUGAAACAUUCGAAUCCAUUCCAAAUUGCUCUGUUAUCCACCAACCUUCCAGCACAUGAGAAACAACUCUUCGCCUUAUUGAUGAAACAUUAUACACAAGUGAAGACCCGUGUGGGAUGA